CUGCUCCCACCGCCUUGGUUCCUCCGACCGCCCCGCUGCCGGGGCCUCCCGUGGUCUCAUCGGAUCACCUAUCCCAAAGUCUAACUGGGUGCAUAGUUAUUAAGCAAACUGGGAAGGCUUUCCCACCCCAAAACCCCCGACGAACUUUUGGGCGGAAAUGGGCAGAAAGGCGCCCACGCCGGGCGGAAGUGCGGAGCUGCGGGAGCUGGUGCGGGUGUAGCUGUGGGCUGGCUGCUGGGCGGAGCGGUGUGGGGUGUGCAGGGCCGGCUUUGAUCGGGUGUAGGAGCGCUGCAAGGCGGCUUUCUCCGCCCGGAGGCCUCAGGCUCUUACCGCUGCCCAAACACCAAACCCGAGCUCUUCCACGGCUCAGCGCUGGAGACGCUUUUUGUUCUCACAGAGUGAGGCGAGCGGCCGGAGGCCCGGGACGCUGUUCUGUGAGCAGCAAGCAGAACAAAUUAGCAGUAGUGCCAGGGUGGGAAUUCUUCAGCUCCGUCACUUUUAGGCCUUCUAAGCUACAAGGCAUGUUUACCGUCCAUGGAGUCACCGGAAGAUCGCUCUCCUGUCAAAUAAGUUGUGCCAUUAAACAGAGAAAUCAUUUCAUCUUCUGCCUGCCCUUUUGAGCUUGUGCCUGCAUUAGAGAUCAGCCCCUGAGUCAAGAGCAUAGGGAACCCCACUGAGGACUGGCAACUGACAUCUAAAAUUGAGCCGGCGGUCUGUGAAUAUUCAAGUCUGAGAGUAUAUUCAAGCAGGUUGUGCCAGAACUGGACUGAAUCAGUAGGCUUCCGGCUGGUGAAGACUUCGGAAUUGCUGUGUUGCUUUAAAUGGGGAGAAUUCUUAUUGAUGAUGAUGUGAAAGCAGAAAGAAAACAGAAUUUUCCCCCCCUCAACAAACAAGAAUAAAGCAGAAUAAAGGUCCAGUGUGGGAGGCAGAAUGUGCAUUUUGAAGAAGGCCAAGAUGGACAAGCUAGGAAAGACUCGUCCUCAAACCCCCUGGAAGAGACAGUGGCUGUGGAGCCUUCCUAACUUCUGUUGAUUCUACCAUGCUGCCUUUGGUGUCUGUGGGAGUCAGAAAUAUAUCUGGCCCAUUUAUUGCAUCCUGUUCGGAAGCUCUGGUGUUGGAGUCAGGAUGGCAGCGACUGUCAUUCCUCUGAUAUAUGUUCAGUCUUCUCUGUACCCACUGUCCACUGAGAAAGGACACACAGGGAAAGAAGGGCAGGCCAGUGAAUUCUUGACAAACUUGAUAGAGGAGUUGGUGUCAUUCGAAGAUGUGACUGUGCAGUUCACAGAGGAGGAGUGGGCUUUGCUGGACCCUUUACAAAGAACUCUGUACCGGAGGGUAACGCUGGAAAACUGGAAGAACCUGGCCUCACUUGGGCGAUGCCUUGAUAAACCAAAUCUGAUAUCCCAGUUGGAGCAAGAAGAGGUUAUAAGAGAGGCCAGAGGAAGUGGUCCAGACAUCUGUCCAGAUUUGGAGACUGUGCUGAAAGUCAAAUGGCUAGCUCCUGAGAAGCACACUUUUGGAAAACAGCAUGCAAAUAGCCGAAGAACACUAAAACUGGAGGAAAAAGAUCAUCAUGGAAUGAAAAUAAAUGAAUGCAGUCAAUGUUUUAAGGUCUUCAGCACAAAAUCUAACCUUACUCAGCACAAGAGAAUUCAUACUGGAGAAAAACCCUACGACUGUGGUCAGUGUGGAAAGUCCUUUCGAAGCAAAUCUUACCUUACUGUACACAGAAGAAUCCAUAACGGGGAGAAACCAUUUGAAUGCAAUUACUGUGCGAAAGCAUUUAGUGAUCCCUCGUCCCUCAGACUUCACAUAAGAAUUCACACUGGGGAAAAGCCCUAUGAGUGUAACCAGUGUUUUCAUGUCUUCCGUACCAGUUGUAACCUCAAAAGCCACAAGAGAAUCCACACGGGGGGCGAGAAUCACCAUGAAUGUACUCAGUGUGGAAAGGCCUUCAGUACAAGGUCCUCUCUCACUGGGCAUAAUAGCAUCCACACGGGAGAAAAACCCUUCGAGUGCCAUGACUGCGGGAAAGCCUUCAGGAAAAGCUCGUAUCUGACCCAGCACUUGAGGACUCACACUGGAGAGAAGCCCUACAAGUGUAAUGAGUGUGGGAAGUGCUUCAGCAGUAGCUUCUCUCUUACUGUACACAAGAGAAUCCACACUGGAGAGAAGCCCUAUGAGUGCAGUCACUGUGGAAAAGCUUUUAAUAACCUCUCGGCUGUGAAGAAGCACUUAAUGACUCAUACUGGGCAGAAGCCCUAUGGGUGCAAGCACUGUGGAAAGUCUUUCACCAGUAACUCCUACCUCUCGGUGCACAAAAGAGUGCACAACAGGUGGAUAUGAAUUGUGGUGAGAAAUUACUGAGAGAAAACUUCGUUGGUCCUAAUAUAACUUGAGAGAAUUUACAUCAGGUGUACAAAUUAUUUAUUGCUGUGUAAUAUAUGCUCACCCCAAAUUUUGUGGCUUUAAACAAAUACCUCACAUUUUAUAGGUCAGGAAUAUAAGGGAACCUUAGUUGUGUAGUUCCUCUGCAGGAUUUCUCAUGAGCUUACAUUCAACAAGUGAAUCUUUUGUUGAAAGACUCAUCUUCUAAAGUUGUCAUCGAAGGAACGACUUCUAGGAUGGCUCAUCACAUGCCUGGGAAUUUACUGCUGGUUAUUGACAGGAGACCUUCACUGACUCACCAUGUCGGCCUCUUCCCAUGAUUGUUUCUUCAUAAUAUGGCAAAAGAAGAACCUCUCCCCCAGUGUUCCAAGAGAAGCCAGUUAACAAAUGAAGUAUCAUUUAUGACCUCACCUCCAAAAGCUACAGUUUCACACCUUCCCUAUUGCAUUCAUCAGACACAGACCAGCCUUGGUAAAACGUGGGAGAAAACUGUAAUAUCUGAAGGUCAGGAGACAGCUCUCUGAGAACCAUCUAAGAACCUCACCAUGAAAUUAAUGAAGUCUUCAAUAGAUCUUGAUGCUUUUAAUCCAUAGGAAGUGACAUUCAGUAAAUUGUUAAAUCUCUGUGCAGAGACAUCUGUGUGAUAAUGCUUUUUAGCUCACAUCUUGUACCGUGCCCCAAAGAUACUGUGUUGGAAAGAACAUGGUGGGUAGAAUAUUGGUCAUGUGGUAAUGAUCUUUAGUGAUGUCAGUCUUUUCAGUCUUUCUUGUGGGAAAUCACACAUCUGAAGAACAAAAGGAAUUCAGGAAACUGUAAAGCAAAGUGUUCACAUUACUGGCCACAGAUAAUGAGGCGCCCUGCUGUGAUGAUGGGAAACCUUCAACUGUUUUCCUUUCUGAAAGAGGUAUGAGACUGCUUCCUGAGAAACCCCCUUGAGUAUCAUAGGCUUGGCAAGCCUUCGAGGAUUCCUGUGACGUAGGAAGAAUUUGGCAGUGAUUCUUUAAGCACAUACGUUAGAGGGCCACCUUAGAAAAGUGACCUAACACAUGUAAGGAUGCUUCAGCAUCUGCUCUGGCUGAGCAACUGUGUAGUAAUAUACUGGGAAUAAAAUGGAUGAGUAGGUAGUAUUUGUAGGUUCAGUUGUUGUGCCCCGAUUACAACCCCCAGUGAGACCACCAAAAACCAGAGAAGUCCAGAUUGCAAAAGCAAGGUUUAUUGUUAGAGUAAUAUGGGCUGGCUUGGAACUCGUCUCCACACUCGAUGCAGAGAGGCAGAGAGGAGCUCAAGUCCCUCUGUGGGGUUAG